AUGAGUCACGCCCGCAGGCCAGUUCUUGAGCCAAUCGUCGCCAACACACCCAGACGACGACAACGCCAAGAUCGGAGUACCUCGAGCGCCACGCAGGCCGCCUCUCUACGGCGCAUUGACAACGCCUCCACUUAUAGAGACAAUCAAAAUCAGGAUCCAGACUUCUCUCCAUCCUUGUCACACCGAUCGUCGGGCUCAGCUCAAUCCUCCCCAGCCAGCUCGCCUCAUCAGCGGAAAGUUGCGGCAGGCGGAGGAGCGUCCGGCCACAGCUUGCGCAAGAUGCAAAUCGAAGAAGGAGAGAAAGCGCGAGCUGCGAGAGCGGGCUUAAAGCGAAAGCGCGGAGGAGGCAGUGGAGGAGGUCUAGGGUCGCGAACCAAUCUGGUAGCGGCCGAGAUGCGAUCCUCACCCCAACCAUCGACCUCCAAAACACCUUCAGGGUACUCACGCAGAAGCAAAAGCCGGACGCGAGGCGAGACUGCCCUUCCUGCAGCGACAGGCAACAAAGAUCAACGACCUGUCGCCGUCUCCCACGGCUCCACCAGCAGCUUGCGCAACACCAUGACACGCCUGGAGCUUAGUGACGGCAGUCAGGAUUCUGGAAGGAGACCAAUGCGACGGAGCGCCAGCAGCCCUACCGGUCGCAGGACUUUGCCAAUAAGGAAAGCAUCCUGGAACCAGCGUCCUGCUUCAUCAGACCACGAGGCCUCCGGAGAGGACCAUGGGCACGCUCCUGGAGCGCAGAGCGACGAUGAUUUUGAAGAAGACGAGACCGAGGAACAUCAGUACACCGAGGGUAAUGGUAAGUCCCCUUGCGCAGUGGGUACUCAAGCCCUCUGGCUGUCGCUAAAGACGUCUUGCAUUCGCAGAGGUAUCCUUCCGCCAAACAGCGACGUUCGCCCAGCUUAUGCGGCUUCGUCUAACACACUUGAGCCGCAUCAAUGAAGACAUCGGUGGGGAUCCUUGGGCCGUCACAAAGAGAGACUUGGGCCUUUCGAUCAUAGCUGCGGUAUGUUCCCGCUCGUCUCGCUACAUCAAGCGUAUACGCAGUGCCAGACUGACCAGAGCGCCUUGGGAUGUUUGGUCGCUUCGCAGAGGUCGCGUGCUGAAUCUCGCGAGUCUCGGCGCGCUUCAAGCAGUCGCAAAGCGCCCCACAGCGUGUCCUCAGAAUACACCGACACUUCUUCAAACGCGGAAGAUAAGGAGACUUCCGCAACACAUCAGACAGGGCGAUCUGUUCGGGGCGGUAAGGAGCUCUGCAAAUCCAAAGGGACCUCAGCCGUGUCGCCUGCGGUGCGUCGCGUCCGCAUGGCCAACAAUAGUCCCGCAACAUUUGCCAAAUCGAGCCCGGUGAGGACACGGGCACGGGCAAGGACUAGCUGCGGCUCUCGUAAGUCCUUUCAGCCAAGUCGUCUUGCACAAGGCCCAAGCCCACGCUUGGCUCGCACUGCACCAGGAAGGAGGAAAAGGAACAAAAGAGUCGCAUUUUCUGCCAAUGAUCUACGACCCAGUCGUAGGCGCGCUCAAGGUGAUGGAGAUGGUGCGGGCGCAUUGUCAAAUGCGUCCGAUGAAAACGAGGAGGACUCUCACGGCCAGAGGUUGACCGACGAUGAGGACAUGGAGGAUUCGCAAGACGAGUACUCGUCCGAAAGUUUCGACGAGGCCGAUCCGGCUGGGGACAGCACCUUCGUGAUCGAGGAGGACGAGGAUCUCGAUCAGGCAGAAGACGAUUCGAUGAACGUCGACGCGGAUAGCCCAGCAUUGCCAAUCACUCGAAGAGCAUCGGCGACGCUCAACAAAUCGCGGCAGCAAGACAUCCGCUCCUCCUUGAUUGCGGCUCGUGAAGCUAGCCGCUCCCAGCGCGCCAUGGCCCCACCUCGCAUCUCAGCCCGGGCGCAGAGUGAUAGCAAAGACACACGCAGGCGCACAUCGCGCAGCAAAGGUGCACGAGACACUGACGCGGCCACUCUGGACACGGUUGCCCGAGUAUCUGACGAGGAGAUGGCCAUCUGCUCCAGCCCAACGAAGAUGCGCAAGCUUCGCAACGGCAAGCAGCUCCGACUGCAAAGGUCCAGAGGCGAGAUCUCCUCGCCAGCGACCGAGUCCGACGAUGAAGCCGGAUUGGAGAGCUUGCGAUCGAGCCACAGUGCUGGCUCGGGCCACGAGCACCACGAGGACGCGCCUGGCUCUGAAGACGAAGCUGAAGAAGAGGAAGACGACAUGAUGGCCGACCCCACCUCCGCAAAGCUGAGCCGCCUGCGACUUGCGCGUCUGUCGGCUCUGUGCGAGGAGAGGGACAUCCCUUCUCAAGCCAAGAAGGCCAUCCUCGUCGAUCGUCUGCUCCAAUGGGUGAGUGCGAGCAUCUUCGUGAAGACGAGCAAUAUGCUGAAUGCACCACACCAUUGGUCACAGUUCAAGAAGCAGCUCAGGGACGAAGCUGGCUCUUUGUCAGACGAGGCUGCGCCUCGCUCAAGCAGUUCGAUCUCCACAGUGAAGCCUGACGACAGCCAAGAUGAAGAUGUUCCCCCAGCAGCAGCCACAAAGGUCCGUGCAGGCGGGCGACAAGCCGCAAAAGUCCGCGCCGUCGUCGUAGGGGCGCCUAGCCGCAAAAAGAGUGCUAGUCAUACACCCUUGUUGCUGCGAUCCACGUCCAAGGAGCCCAACUCUCGCCCGCCCAGCCCUGUCCUCGACGAAGACCACCAGGAUGCGCAGCCAGCAGAAGCCGUCGAUGAGCUGAACGGGCUCGACCUCGAGAUGCUGAAUCUGACGGACAAGGAGAUAGCUCCUUUCAAGCUCGAGAAGCUGGACAAAAUCGGCUCUGGGGGUUACAAGGAUGUCUACAUCGGCAAUUACAGGCCGUCUGCAACGGCAUCCGCCACUAAUCGAGGCCGAGCCAUGAAGGUUGCGAUUGCUGACAUCCGGGACGAUCUCACCGAGAUGGACAUAAAGGAGCUCAGCCUGCUUCGCGACCUCAAGCAUGAGAACAUCGUCCGCUUCAUUGGCGUCUCCAUACCGGAGCCCCCGCGGCAUGUUCCCUGCAUGAUCGUAUCUGAAAUUUGCACCAACGGCGAUCUGUUCGACUACGUCCGCAAUGUCGAACCGCCGCCUGCAGAAGAGAUUGUGAGUACCUUGAGUGACCGCUUCGUCUUAGCUCGCAUGAACUGACAUCGUUCACUUUCAGUUUCGCAUCAUGCUGGAGACUGCCAAGGGCAUCGAGUAUCUGCAUAGUCGCGAUCCCGCCAUCAUACACCGCGACAUCAAAUCGACCAACAUACUAGUCACCAGCAAGAAGGUGGUCAAAAUCAAUGACUUUGGUCUAGCUCGCGUCAAGAACACACGGCGGUCGAUGAUGCGCUCUCUCGUUGGCACCGUCAACUGGCAGGCCGCCGAGCUCUGGGUGCCAAAGCCAAAUUACAACGAGAAGGUGGAUGUGUGGAGCGUCGCAAUGACCUUCUGGGAGACUUUGCAGUGGCACGAGAAGGUCAAGAAGUAUCCAUUCGAAGGCAUGAACGAGCAUCAGAUCUACCUCGAGGUUGGAGGGCCAAAACGCGUUCGGUGAGUGCACCUCCGCCCUUCGCGUUGCGGAGGUGUGCAGAGGCAACGGCUGACGCAAAGUCGCUCUCUCGCACUUGCAGUCCCAAGACGGCAUCCAUACGCAAGCGACAUGGAGAAGGCAUUGUCAAUCUCUUGGAUCGAAUGUGGGACGCGAACCCGCGCAAUCGUCCGAAUAUGCUUGGAGUUGUUGAGGAACUAGAGCGACUUCUCGAAGGGAUUCGAGAGCGAUGA